AUGCGUACCACAAUCUUUUCUCUCGCAGCCAUCGCAGGCACUGUCUUGGCUUCGGACAGCGCCGCCAACUUCAACCGCGAUACUGCGCCGUCCGCAUACUCCAGUAGCUCUGCUGGAGGCCUCGUCUCUCAGAUCAGUGACGGCCAGAUACAAGCCCCAACUGGCUAUGGAGGUGCACCUAGCACGACAUCAGUCGUUGCGGCCACGACUUCCGUCGUCGCAAGCUCAGCAAGCUCUGUCGCAUCCGUGGCAUCGUCUCCAGCGGUCAGCCCAGUGAGCUCGGCUCCUGCGGUUAUCAGCUCGCCCGCCGCCUCCAGCGCUCCAGCUGUCUACUCCUCUGUCUCCGUCAGCAGCGCAGCCGCCCCAAGCACUCCCGCCGCAUCCUCGGCUCCAGCUGCAUACUCGUCUGCGUCGAUCGUUGUGCCCUCCAGUGUCCCAGCUGUCGCUCCUGUCCCAAUCGCCAACGGCACAUCAGUCGCUCCCAUCGCCACCUCUCCCAUCGUCCCAGCAGGAAACGCCACCGUCCCGCACUACAGCACCAUGACGAUUUCCACCUCUGGCGCAGCUGGCUCGUCUGGCGCGACUGCGACAGUCGGCGGGUCUUCCGUAGCAGGUGCCGCUAGUGGUAGCGCAACCUCGUCCCGCGCCGCCGCCACCCAGACUUCCGCCGCCAACGCCGUCGAGCUUACCACUGGUCUCACCCUUGCUGGGUUCGUUCUGGCCCUGUUCGCCUAA